AGGCUUUAUAAUAGUCUUUCUCCAUCAGAGGAGGAAUUAUUCUCGGGGGGGAAAAAAAGAUAGUCUCUCUCUCUAGUAAGCGCCUGAUUCUUUCUUCAUUCACAGAAAAGCUAAUACCUGGAGAAAAUAGCUUGGAGGGAGUUUGAUACGGAGUAGGUAACGCCGAAACCAAAACCAAGACCCUGCCUUCUCCGUUUCGUUCGCCCAAGUUUCCUUCUUUCUUAUCCUUUUGCAUUGUUUUGGAAAUUUUAUGAUGUGGUCAGUUGCCUGUGACAAGAUCAGCUGUAUGACGACCACGACGGCGGAAAAUUCCUCGCAGACGUGGGGUUUCUUCCGUGAAGGGAAGUAAAAUUCAUUUUCUGGGUCAGAUUUUGCUUCCAGCAGUUUUGUCCGGAGACGGUGAAAAAGAUUGUAGAAAUGGAUCCAAAGAAGGGAGGAACAGGUCAAAAUUCUGGCAAUGGGGUUGCUUUGGAGAUGGGCAAGGAAUCAUCAGAUUCGGGGAAGGCAGCGAUUGGUAAAGAAGAAGGAGCCGGGGGAGAGGGGGUUAGUCGGAAUCUUACUGAUUCAGUUCAUGUUGUCGAGCUACAGAGCUCGGCCGUGGUAGAUUCCAGCAGCUUGUCGGCGAGCGUCAGUGGAGAAAACAGGAAUUUGGAAGCGAAAGGCGACGACUUGCGGCUCACUGUGGUUGCGACAAACCAGCAAACAGGUGGUGGGCAUGGAGAAAGCGAGGCAUUGGAUAAAGGCGGCCAAGGAAGCGGCGGGAACCACAAUGCGCACGGAGAUAGAGUUGUGCCUGAGACGGUAAUUUCCAUGGAAAACUCCGUUGAUAAUGGGGAAAGCUUGGUUGUCAAGAGCAACAAGGCUAACGCGGCGGAUAACUUGAAGGCGAUAGUGCCGAAGGGGGAGAAGAAGACUUCAUGCGUGAUUGAUGUGAAGUGUGAUGUUGGGAAUUUGAAGGAUAACUGUGACAGGGAGAAGGUUUGCAGAAUUUGUCAUUUGAGUUCUGAUGGGUCGAUUGAAGUCCCCACUGCAGGGCCUGAUGUGACUGUGACCUCCAUGGAGCUCAUCCAGCUCGGUUGUGGAUGUAAAGAUGAGCUCGGUGUUUCACAUUCUCACUGUGCCGAAGCCUGGUUCAGGCUCAAAGGAAACAGAGUGUGCGAAAUCUGUGGGGAGACAGCGAAGAACAUAUCAGGAAUCGUAGGGGACAACCGUUUCCUGGAGGAGUGGAACAACAGGCGAUUUCUGCACGGAGGUGGCGGGAAUUCGUCGGAGAGAGGUGGAGGAUGUUGGAGAGGACAACCAUUCUGCAACUUCCUGAUGGCGUGCCUCGUAAUCGCCUUCGUGCUGCCAUGGUUCUUCCGUGUAAAUAUGUUCUGAGCCAGUUGUGCGGAGGGGGGCCGCCAUGGAUUACCAAUCUCAUUGAAGCUGGGAAUUCUCUGGUCGGAGGCUGGGAAGAGCUGGAGAAAUUGAUAUUUCUUUUGGUCUCCUGUGGGGAAUUUGUGUAUAGCCUAGGCAACAACACUUCAGUUGGUAGUUUGUUUUCGCUACAUACGGCAGUAUAGAGUGCUUGAACAACCUGCUUUUGUUCUUUUCCUUUACUUUGCUAUUUAACACAUGGAAAGUGGAAACUCAGAUACUCGCGCAAUCUCAGAACCACAUGAUAGUUGGUAUAUAGAAGUUUGGUUGAAUGCUAAUGUG